GUCCUCCGUUGGCGGACCGGGAAGUAUCUGGCGACUGGGAGAUGGCAGUUCUGGAGGCCUUGGUCCCAGGCCGACCCGAGGCCGCGGCGCCCCCGCGGUAGACAGGAGCAGGAAGGGGGCUCCGGAUCCCGACGUGAAGCGUUUCGGGGGUUGAACCGGGGCCUCAGUAGGGACCCCAACGGGCCCUGUUGGCUCCGCUCCCUGCCGGGGCUGUAAGCUGCCCUGGCCCGGGCUGCCCCACAAGCCGGCUUGCCGGGGAUGGAGGGCUCCAAGACGUCCAGCAGCACCAUGCAGGUGAGCUUCGUGUGUCAGCGCUGCAGCCAACCCCUGAAACUGGACACAAGCUUCAAGAUCCUGGACCGUGUCACCAUCCAGGAGCUCACAGCUCCAUUAAUUGCCACAGCCCAGGUGAAACCAGGAGAGACCCAGGAAGAAGAGGCCAACUCAGGAGAGGAGCCAUUUAUCGAAACUCGCCAGGAUGGUGUCUCUCGCAGAUUCAUCCCCCCAGCCAGGAUGAUGUCGACAGAAAGUGCCAAUAGCUUCACUCUCAUCGGGGAGGCAUCCGACGGCGGCACCAUGGAGAACCUCAGCCGGAGACUGAAGGUCACUGGGGACCUUUUUGACAUCAUGUCAGGCCAGACAGAUGUGGAUCACCCCCUGUGUGAGGAAUGCACAGACACCCUCUUAGACCAGCUGGACACUCAGCUCAACGUCACCGAAAAUGAGUGUCAGAACUAUAAACGCUGUUUGGAGAUCUUAGAGCAAAUGAAUGAGGAUGACAGUGAAAAGCUCCAGAUGGAGCUGAAGGAGCUGGCAUUAGAGGAGGAGAGGCUGAUCCAAGAGCUGGAAGAUGUGGAAAAGAACCGCAAGAUAGUGGCGGAAAAUCUGGAGAAGGUCCAGGCUGAAGCCGAGCGACUAGAUCAGGAGGAAGCCCAGUAUCAGAGGGAGUACAGUGAAUUUAAACGACAGCAGCUGGAGCUGGAUGAUGAGCUGAAGAGCGUAGAAAACCAGAUGCGUUAUGCCCAGAUGCAGUUGGACAAGCUGAAGAAAACCAACGUCUUCAAUGCAACUUUCCACAUCUGGCACAGUGGACAGUUUGGCACGAUCAAUAACUUCAGAUUGGGUCGCCUGCCCAGUGUUCCUGUGGAAUGGAAUGAGAUAAAUGCUGCUUGGGGCCAGACUGUGUUGCUGCUCCAUGCCCUGGCCAAUAAGAUGGGUCUGAAAUUUCAGAGGUAUCGACUUGUUCCCUAUGGAAACCAUUCAUAUUUGGAGUCUCUGACGGACAAAUCUAAGGAACUUCCAUUAUACUGCUCAGGAGGCUUGCGAUUUUUCUGGGACAACAAGUUUGACCAUGCGAUGGUGGCUUUCUUGGACUGUGUGCAGCAGUUCAAAGAAGAGGUAGAGAAAGGCGAGACACGUUUUUGUCUUCCUUACAGGAUGGAUGUGGAGAAAGGCAAGAUUGAAGACACAGGAGGCAGUGGCGGCUCCUAUUCCAUCAAAACCCAGUUUAACUCUGAGGAACAGUGGACAAAAGCUCUCAAAUUUAUGCUGACAAAUCUUAAGUGGGGUCUUGCUUGGGUAUCCUCACAAUUUUAUAAUAAGUAACUUGCUUUUUUCCCUAGGGGGAAUUUUGCCUUAAAGGCUUUACAUUUAAAAUGUUUGGGGAGGGGAGAGGGAAAGAAUUUUGGGGCUGGAGCGAUAGUACAAUGGGCAGGGUGUUUGCUUUGCACGCAGCUGACCCGGGUUCAAUCCCCAGCAUUCCAUAUGGUUCCCUGAGCACUGCCUGGAGUAAUUCCUGAGUGUAGAACCAGGAAUAAUUCCUGAACAUUGCCAGGUGUGACCCAAAAAGAAAAGUUUUAAAAUGUGGGUACUAUUAAACAACACAUGUUUACAAUAUCAAAAAGAAAAAGAAAUCAACAAAAGCCACUUAAAAUAUCGUGACAGUUUCCAGAACUACAACAUGACAUGUAUAGCUACCAGCAUUUGUUACAGCUUUCACUCUUAAUUCCAUGCCCUUUUUCCCCCACUCCCCUCAAAACUAAUUUAAUUUUUUUUUUUGUUUUUUAAACUGAGUUGAAUUAAGAUUGGUGUGUUUUCACUGGGUUUUCUCUCUCUCAACUUCCUGUAUUUCCAAUAUGAAAUAGAAACUUUUGUUUCCACUGAUACGAUGAAGUAUGUGAGACAGUUGAAUGAAGAAAACACAGAAGUUUUGCCUCGUCACCAUGUGAUGUGAUGAGCAUCUUGAAACUGAGCACUUCCCUUGGUUCUAGUAGUGAAUGUCUACUGUACUCUGUGUUAUAGUCAUGAAGUGGUGUUUCAUGCUGUUUGAGACACUAUGGAGAGAUUUAAUUAUUUGUAAUAAAAGAUAUACUGCAGUCUGAUAA